AUGGAGGAUCUGCGAGUACAUUUCGAGGGCGAUCAGAUGGAGGGUGCUGGGCAGGAUAGUGCUGAGAACCACAGUCCUCAGACGAGAGUUGCUGAGGGGAAAGGUAUUGAUGUUAAGAUGACUGAUGCUGAGGUGGACGAGGCCCGGUACAUGAGCCAAGCCGAAUAG